AUACCUCCAGGCGUGGUGGCAGCCCGUGACCGCUCCCGCCAGAGCCAAAGAGCGCUAAAUGACAGCUUUUCCCUCAUCUAAAAAGCAGCCCACCAUAAACCCACCCACACACCGCGAAAAAAAUAAUAACAACCGUACAACCCCUCUUGGCGCAUCCCUCCCUUCGUCCUCUCCCACCACCUACCACCUCCCACCACCACCCUCCAUCUCAUCCUCAAAAACCCUGGCAUCGCUGUUUUUGGCCACGCAGAAUGUGCGUCCAUCUGUGAAAGGCAUCCCCUUUGACAGAGGGACCCCCCAAUCCUCGCUCUCGCGCAGCAAGGAACACAGCCCUGCACCUCACGUCAUUGUUUUCGCGAUCCUUCUCCUCAACGCUCGAUAGCGAACCCCCCCCCAAGAGUCCCGUGUCCAACACCUCACGACACGUCCCCCCACCGACCGCGAAGCAGGACUCCUGUCCCUUCUGCUUCCUACCGAAGUAUAUCUUGGAUCGCCUUUGAAUACUCAACAUGUCGUCUUUAACUUUAUAGCAUAGCGGUCCCGAGGGGCGCCACAGCAUCUUGGUCCUCGAGGCAGUCGACCGAUAGAUAAUCCGCGAUUCACGUCCGCGGAGUCUCUUUCUUGAUCGCAUUCG